GCAUCCGUGCACUAGCGGCCGCAGCUUCCAGACGCUCGUGCUCCGCAGCCCCAGCCGCGCCCAGCCCGGCGAGGACAGCUCCAGCAGCCGGCUACAGACUACCCAGCCUCCACCCGCGACCGAUUCCAUACGCAAGCCAGUCAUGUCAUUCGGCAGAGAUAUGGAGUUGGAGCAUUUUGAUGAACGAGACAAGGCGCAGAGGUACAGCAGGGGGUCCCGUGUGAAUGGCCUGCCCAGCCCCACACACAGCGCCCACUGCAGCUUCUACCGCACCCGCACACUGCAGACGCUCAGCUCUGAGAAGAAAGCCAAGAAGGUUCGAUUCUACAGAAAUGGCGACCGCUACUUCAAAGGAAUUGUGUAUGCCAUCUCCCCAGACCGCUUCAGAUCCUUCGAGGCCCUGCUGGCUGAUUUGACCCGAACUCUCUCGGAUAAUGUGAAUUUGCCCCAGGGGGUGAGAACCAUCUAUACCAUAGAUGGACUCAAGAAGAUCUCCAGCCUGGAUCAGCUGGUAGAAGGUGAAAGCUAUGUCUGCGGCUCCAUUGAGCCCUUUAAGAAGCUGGAGUACACCAAGAAUGUGAACCCCAACUGGUCAGUGAAUGUCAAGACCACCUCAGCCUCCCGGGCAGUGUCUUCUCUGGCUACGGCCAAGGGAGGGCCUUCAGAGGUUCGGGAGAAUAAGGAUUUCAUUCGACCCAAGCUGGUCACCAUCAUCCGAAGUGGGGUGAAGCCACGGAAGGCUGUCAGAAUCCUGCUGAACAAGAAGACAGCUCAUUCCUUUGAGCAGGUUCUCACUGACAUUACCGAUGCUAUCAAGCUGGACUCGGGUGUGGUGAAGCGCCUGUACACCCUGGAUGGGAAGCAGGUGAUGUGCCUUCAGGACUUUUUUGGUGACGAUGACAUUUUUAUUGCAUGUGGACCAGAGAAGUUCCGUUACCAGGAUGAUUUCUUGCUAGAUGAAAGUGAAUGUCGAGUGGUGAAAUCAACUUCUUACACCAAAAUAGCAUCAGCAUCCCGCAGGGGCACAACCAAGAGCCCAGGACCUUCCCGACGAAGCAAGUCCCCAGCUUCCACCAGCUCAGUUAAUGGAACCCCUGGCAGUCAGCUCUCCACUCCACGCUCGGGCAAGUCACCAAGUCCGUCACCCACCAGCCCAGGAAGCCUGCGGAAGCAGAGGAUUUCUCAGCAUGGCGGCUCCUCUACGUCACUUUCAUCCACAAAAGUCUGCAGCUCAAUGGAUGAGAACGAUGGCCCUGGGGAAGAAGAGUCUGAUGAAGGUUUCCAGAUUCCUGCCACAAUAACAGAGAGAUACAAAGUUGGAAGAACAAUAGGAGACGGAAAUUUUGCUGUUGUCAAAGAAUGUAUAGAGAGAUCGACUGCUCGGGAGUAUGCUCUGAAAAUCAUCAAGAAAAGUAAAUGCCGAGGCAAAGAACACAUGAUCCAGAAUGAGGUCUCCAUCUUAAGGAGAGUGAAGCACCCGAACAUUGUUCUCCUGAUUGAAGAGAUGGAUGUGCCGACUGAACUGUAUCUUGUAAUGGAAUUAGUAAAGGGUGGAGACCUUUUUGAUGCCAUCACUUCCACUAGCAAAUACACAGAGCGAGAUGCCAGCGGGAUGCUGUACAACCUGGCCAGUGCCAUCAAAUACCUGCACAGCCUGAACAUCGUCCACCGUGACAUCAAGCCAGAGAACCUGCUGGUGUAUGAGCACCAGGAUGGCAGCAAGUCACUCAAGUUGGGUGACUUUGGUCUGGCCACAAUUGUCGACGGCCCCCUCUACACAGUCUGUGGCACCCCAACAUAUGUGGCCCCAGAAAUCAUCGCAGAGACUGGAUAUGGCCUCAAGGUGGACAUCUGGGCAGCUGGCGUGAUCACUUAUAUCCUGCUGUGUGGUUUCCCUCCAUUCCGUGGAAGUGGAGAUGACCAGGAGGUGCUUUUUGACCAGAUCUUGAUGGGCCAAGUGGACUUUCCAUCUCCAUAUUGGGAUAAUGUGUCAGAUUCAGCUAAGGAGCUCAUCAACAUGAUGCUGUUGGUUAACGUGGACCAGAGAUUUUCAGCUGUGCAGGUCCUUGAGCAUCCCUGGGUUAAUGAUGAUGGUCUCCCAGAAAAUGAGCAUCAGCUGUCAGUAGCUGGCAAGAUCAAGAAGCAUUUCAACACAGGCCCCAAGCCUAGCAGCACAGCAGCUGGAGUUUCUGUAAUAGCACUGGACCACGGGUUUACCAUCAAGAGAUCAGGGUCUUUGGACUACUACCAACAACCAGGAAUGUAUUGGAUAAGACCACCGCUCUUGAUAAGGAGAGGCAGGUUUUCCGACGAAGACGCAACCAGGAUGUGAGGAGCCGGUACAAGGCACAGCCAGCUCCACCAGAACUCAACUCGGAAUCAGAAGACUACUCCCCCAGCUCCUCUGAGACUGUUCGCUCCCCCAAUUCGCCCUUUUAAUA